AGUCGGCGAGGCGGCGGGCCGCACUUCCGCCUCGGUGUCAGUGGGUCGCGGGCCUACGGGGCGGGGGCGGGGCGGCAGCGAGCUCGGCCGGCAACCCAGGGACCCGCGUCCAGAUCUUCAGUGUCUAUUGGAUUUUUCCAAGAGAAAGUUUGUAAAAUUCCUGACACUGUAGAUGUGGAUCAGAUACAAUGAUUCAGUAGAAGAACACAUGUCAGGGGCAGUGGAGGCUGGCUGCUGAAGGAUGAACGGAGAGGAAGAAUUCUUUGAUGCCGUCACAGGCUUUGAUUCUGAUAACUCUUCUGGGGAAUUUUCAGAGGCAAAUCAGAAAGUCACGGGAAUGAUUGACUUGGACACCAGCAAAAAUAAUAGGAUUGGGAAAAUUGGGGAGAGGCCCUCUCAAGAGAAUGGAAUUCAGAAACACAGGACAUCGCUGCCGGCUCCCAUGUUCAGCAGAAGCGACUUCAGCGUGUGGACCAUCCUGAAGAAGUGUGUUGGCCUGGAGCUGUCCAAGAUCACGAUGCCAAUCGCUUUCAACGAGCCUCUGAGCUUCCUGCAGCGGAUCACGGAGUACAUGGAGCACGUGUACCUCAUCCACAGGGCCUCCUGCCAGCCCCAGCCCCUGGAGAGGAUGCAGUCUGUGGCUGCUUUUGCUGUUUCGGCUGUGGCUUCCCAGUGGGAGAGGACCGGCAAACCAUUUAAUCCACUCUUGGGAGAGACAUACGAAUUAAUCAGGGAAGAUUUAGGAUUCAGAUUUAUAUCGGAACAGGUCAGUCACCACCCCCCCAUCAGUGCGUUCCACUCGGAAGGCCUCAACCAUGACUUCCUGUUCCACGGCUCCAUCUACCCCAAGCUCAAGUUCUGGGGCAAAAGCGUGGAGGCGGAGCCCCGAGGCACCAUCACCCUGGAGCUGCUCAAACAUAAUGAAGCCUACACCUGGACCAACCCCACCUGCUGCGUCCACAACGUCAUCAUCGGGAAGCUGUGGAUAGAGCAGUAUGGGACAGUGGAGAUUUUAAACCACAGAACUGGACAUAAGUGUGUGCUUCACUUUAAACCGUGUGGAUUAUUCGGAAAAGAACUUCACAAGGUGGAAGGACACAUUCAAGACAAAAACAAAAAGAAGCUCUUUAUGAUCUAUGGCAAAUGGACGGAAUGUUUGUGGGGCAUAGAUCCUGUUUCAUAUGAAUCCUUCAAGAAGCAGGAGAGGAGAGGCGACCACCUGAGAAAGGCCAAGCUGGAUGAAGACUCCGGGAAGGCUGACAGCGACGUGGCUGACGACGUGCCUGUGGCCCAGGAGACCGUGCAGGUCAUUCCCGGCAGCAAGCUGCUCUGGAGGAUCAACACCCGGCCCCCCAACUCUGCCCAGAUGUAUAAUUUCACCAGUUUCACUGUGAGCCUCAACGAGCUGGAGACAGGCAUGGAGAAGACCCUGCCACCCACGGACUGCCGCCUGCGCCCUGACAUCCGUGGCAUGGAGAAUGGCAACAUGGAUCUGGCCAGCCAGGAGAAGGAGCGGCUGGAGGAGAAGCAGAGAGAAGCGCGGAGGGAGCGGGCCAAGGAGGAGGCGGAGUGGCAGACGAGGUGGUUCUACCCAGGCAAUAACCCCUACACUGGGACCCCCGACUGGUUGUAUGCAGGGGAUUACUUUGAGCGGAAUUUCUCCGACUGCCCAGAUAUCUACUGAGGGCCUGGAGGGGCCUGGGGCCCGGGACCGGAGGCUGACGAGGCUGGACUUCCUCAAGUGGCCACUCUGAGCCUCGUCACAGCAGAAACCAACUUUUCUAACGACUGUGUUCGCGGAGACAGCAUCAUCCCUGAUCAAGGAUGUAAUUCUAAUUAACUGUUGAUUGCCAAACAUUUCACUCUGCUGUGCCGUCUCUUCAUAAAGCUUCACUUGGGAUCAUCGUCUUCAUUAAGGUUUCAACAGGGAAAUUCUUCACGGCGCCCUUUCAUGUGGCAGAAAUCAGCUGGGGCUUGUUUAGCUUCCAGCACACUCUCAGUCAUAGAAUGUGUAGCUAAAGGAAGUAAUGGGAAGGGGUUCAUGUUCUCUUUAUAACGCAGUGGCAAAAGGUUCUGAAAGUCUUUUAAACUCGAACCAGUGGGGGAAAGAUGGAUCUUGAAAAUAAUCCUGCAGAGCUUUAUAAAGGCCGGGGAUUGCCUUCUAAAUUACGAUAAUACAGAAGUGAAGAGUUUCAGAGCAUCAGACUGAGUGAAAAGUUGUCAGAUUCUGUAUUUUUUAACAAUCUUCAGUAAUGUAAAGAUUACUUUUAAAAUAUUUAAGUUAAAACUACUUGAAUAGUAUUUUGCUGAAGAGCAAGAUAUGCAUUAAUCACCGGUUUUAUACUGUCCAAAAUGAAGCAUCCCCGUGACAAACCAGAGUGGGCAGAAGCAUCAAGAGCGUGACAGGAAAUCCCAAGACUGCUGCCGCCUCAGAGGCGUCCCGGCUGCGACUCGCUGCCCUGUUGUCAGUGAGGCCUGGCUGUCACCGCACACGUGUCCAUAUCUCCGGGGGUUCAUUUCUUCUCACACAUCGCGUGUACCAAUAACACUCCUGUGUUUCUAUUUUUCCCAGUAUGCAUGUUUAAAAUAGAAGUGACAAGAAUCACAUCUGGUUGUGUGCUGUGUGAGGGUCAGAGGCAGAAUCUACUUACAGUGGUGUAAUUAAAGUUAUUUAACCAAAAAUA